UUUUAUUAAUUUUUUCUAAAUGUCCAUUACAGGUUUAUAGAUUAUGGAACCAUUAAUUAAAUUUACCACAUGAUGCUAUUGUUUUGUUUUUUUCCAUCAUUUCAUCUGACAUGUUCAUUGUGACAUCACAUGUUUCUUAUGACAUCAGCAUUACUCAUCACAUUCUAUUAGAAUUCCUUUGAUCUUAAACAGGCUUCCUUUGCUCUGAAAUCCAUAUAGUAACCCAAACCCUACAUCCAUUCAGUUAUAACCUCACUGAACAGGCAAACAGUUUAUACACUUGACUGUAAUUUGAGGCACGUUUUGUAGUGAACAAAGAACACAGUUAGUACUGUUGUAAGUAGUAGAUUUUAACUUUAGUUAAAUUACAAAAAUGGCUGAGUCCCCCUCCAUUUCCAGUGACGUGGUUGAAGAGAAUGAGAACCUUCACCAGCAAGUGAGGGAAUUAAAAGAUGAGAAUGAAAACCUCCAAAAAAAUAUUGAACUGCUUCUCAAAGAACAUGGGUUUUCUAAAAACAAGAAGAAAAGGGAACUACAACUAGAAAAUGAGAAGCUUUGCUUGGAGAAUUCAGACUUGAACUAUCGCGUUGACAGUUUGCACUGUGAAAAUCAAGCUUUGACACAACAAGUUCAAGCAAAGGAGAGUGCUUAUGAACAAAAUGCUCAAGAAUUGAAAAGUGCUCUGGAGAAACUUAAAAUCUCUGAGCAUUCCGGUAAAAAAUUCCAAAAGUUUCUUGACCAGCAGAGCAAGAGUGUGGAGAUUUUGCUCAAUAAAGAUUUGCAAGAAGAAGAAGAGCAUAACAGAAUAAAGCAACAAAACAACGCUCUGGAACAGGAAGUCCAGGAGCUUACCAAAAAGUUGGCUGAUUGUCAGAAGGAAGUGAGACAAAAGAAACAGGCUCUGGAAGAAGAAAUGCACCGUAAGCAGAAAGAAUAUGAAAUGGAGAAGCUGGCAUUGCAGCUAAAAGUUGAAGAUCUCCAAAGGGAGAACCAGGCAUUCAGAUCACAAAAGGAUGCUGCAACGGGGAGCACGUGUGAUCUGAUACAGAGUUUUCAAAAUGAAAAAGACAAAAUAAAGCAACAAAACAACGCUUACCAAAAAGUAAAGCUUACCAAAAAGUUGACUGAUUGUCAGAAGGAAGUGAGACAAAAUGAACAGGCUCCGCAAGAAGAAAUGCAAGAGCUUGAUAAAGGUGAACCCCAUCAAAGUAGUUUUGAGCUCACACCUGAAUCCAAUGAGUCAACUGAAAAGGAAGAGAGGAUCAAAACAAGCGAAACUACAGACCUGGAGGAGAAAAACAAGGACAUCCCUACAGAAAGUUCAUCUCACAUGGAAACUCCACAAGAGCAGACGUUUCAACCCAGGGACGUAGAGGAAAAGGAUCAUGGGGGAUGGAUAACAUGGCUCCGAGGUGCUGCCUUGUAUUUUGCAUUUUCUGACUACAUGUAUCCCCUUUUCUGAAAGGAAGUUCGCAGUAAGUAAGGGGAACGGAGCAUUUCUUCCCCACUCCCAUCUUUCGACAUCCCAUGUAUAUACACCACUACAACUUCCUCUUAAGCCCCAUAGACAAUAUAGAACAGGGGUGUCCAACUCCAGUCCUCAAGAGCUACUAUCCUGCCGCUUUUAGAUGCAUCCUUGUUCCAACACACCUGAAUAAAAUGAAUGGCUUGUUAUCAGGCCUUUGCCAGAUUUGAUGGCAUGCUGAAGAGGCAAUCCAACCAUUUGAUUCAGCUGUUGGAGUAGGGAUGCAUCUAAAAGCCGCAGGACAG